UCGCACUUCGGGCGCGGGUUUGUAAUGGUGGUAGUGGUUGUUGCGAGUUGGUCGACUGCUGCUGCUUGGCUCUGCUGGUUUUAUUAAGGGGCUUUCGAUGCCGGUGAUUAGUCAUAUUCGAUCGGUUGUCGGGAUGUGAGAAAAAAAAUAGUGAAAAAUGUAUCCUUCUCUUCUCAAAUUUGCCAGCUUCACAUACAUGCGAACAAUUAUAUACUAGUAAUGUAUUGACCAGUUUGAUUUUUUUUCAUUUUUACCUAUGCUUAUUAUAGGUUUUUGUUCAUUGACAUUGAUUUUUAGGUUAAAAUUUCUAUAAACUUAAAAAUAAACAUUUUGCCAAGAAAUUUUUUUCUUUAAAAUUUUGUGUUUUUCUCUAAUAUUUUUUUUCAAUUUCAGAUAUUGUAAAAAUUACUGAAUAAAAUAUCUGACAGUCGGUGGUCAGUGGAGACCCCUUCUAACUAUAAGCUGAAAUAUUUACAUAUUGAUCAUAAUUAAUUUGCAUUCCUAGUCUGCUGUUUUAAAAUGCCUAGGCGAAAGAAUGUUGACGGCGAUGCAGCUACUAAUGUUAAACAACCCCGUGUGCGCAAGAAAAAAGAAACUCCAUCAAUUUGUAGUACACCAUCAGUAGAUGGAGGGGGAAUGAAGCUUGAACCUCCUCUUCAUCAAGCAAUGAUUGGAGGCGGAUUUCCUCCAGGUUGUGGUCCAGGAGGCGGAGGAGGUCCUAUGGAUGGACAUCAUGGAAUUCCGCCUCAUAUGUUGCAUCAUCUUCAACAUCAAGGACUUCCAAAUGGUGUUGCUGGUGGUCCUCAACAGCUUGAUGAAGGGCCAAAUGGAAUGGGAGGGCCUGGUUUCUGCAAUCCACAAGGGCCACCUUUUGAUUUUUACCAACAAGGACCGCCUCAGGGUGGUGGUCCUCCUGGAAUGCCACCACAUUUUGUUCCUCCAAUGCCUAUGUUUGGCGAUGGGCAACCUUCAGGACCUCCUCCGCAAAUGAUGAUGCAACAGCCUCAAUCAGUUCAAGGCCCCCCUGUUUCCUCAAUGGGAGGCCCUUUGCCUCCUGGAAGUAGCGGACAACAAUUUCACCCUGGUCAAGUCCAAUCACCUCACCUUCAGAUGGUCCCGCCAAUGCAUCCUCAUCAUUCUGGUGCUCCAAACCAACCUGGCCCUAUAUCAACUCCUCAAGGUCCACCUCCACAGCAAAUGCCUCCACAGCCUCAUCAACUUCCUCUACCUCCACACCCAAUGUUUCCUGGCCCGUUUCCCAGAAUGUUAUUCCCACCGCCUAGCAUUCCUCAACCUCCUUUUCUUGAAUUUCGGCUGCAAGAGAUGAAUAGGAGGCUUUAUUCAUUUCAUAGUCAAUUUCAACAGGCAACAUCUGAAAGUCACGAGCAGUGGUGGGAUGCCUUUUCCCAGGAGUUCUUUGACGACUUAGGAUCUAUGGCUUUUUACAUGCAAGAAUAUUCCGCUGAACAGGGCGGAUUUUUACUCAAGCGAUUUACAAUUUCUCGACAUUUUAUCCCCCGGUUCUUCCGCUCACUUUUUUCAAAUGGCAUAAACCAACUGCGUUUUGAUCUUCGUUCGCCAGCCCAAGAAUUUGUUGAACCAAUACGGAUAACUCCAGAAGCUUUUGGUUGUUGUGCGUUAAAUUGUGAAAAUCUUUUGAUGGGGACAAGUCAUGAAAAACCAUUGCAAGUACAGGUGCAAACUGAAUGUCGCUUAUUCAUAAGAUUUGCGCCUUUUAACCCUGCUUGUGGUUAUCGGAUCCGUGAAUGGUCCAUCGAGUUGAGGUCUUGUCAAGAAUUUUAUGCAAAUGGUAUUCAACCAUUGGGAGACAGAAAAUCAACGUGUUUGGGUCUUCCAUUGCAAACACUGUCAGAAAUGAAAAUGUGGCAAAUGAUGGAUCAAAUGCAGCCAAUUGUUGAACGCGUGAAAGAGACAAAUCAGACACCUAAAGAUGCGUUACACCAGCUUGUUGCUGAACGGAUAGAAAUGGAAAGGGAGAGAAUGGCUGUUGUAGCUGCAUCAGGCUCUCAUACGCAAACACCUCCACAUAAUCAAAAUAAUGCAAAUUUUAUCUCAGCUAAUGGACAACCUCAAAUGAUGGGUAUUAUGGGUGGAGGUGCUGGAAUGGGUCCGCCACAAAUGCCGCCUCCGUCUAUGGGUGCUAUGCAACCUCCAGCAAAUACAAAUGCUUCCUCUUCUGCAGAAGAACCAAAACCUAAACCGAAACGGACGAGACAACGAAAAGCUAAUGUUGCUAAUUCUUCAAUGGCUGCUACGAGUGGAUGUGCUACAACUCCUUCCUCUUCAAUGGCAGCUAACUGUUCCCCACCUAAAGGAAAAAAGAGCAUGGGAUCAAACUCAAAUUUGGCUGCUGCUGGCCAACAGACACCCCCAGCAGGAAUGCCUCCAAUGGGGCCUGGUGGAUUUCCUCUUGGACCGCCUGGACAGUUUCACCCUUUGGGAGGAGUACCACCGCCAGGCCAAUAUCACCACGAUGUUCUCACAGUUGGUGAACCACUGAUGAUGGGCUGUGAGUACGGAGAACAAGACGAAAGACAAAUAUCUCGUGUUGAAAACACUGCCUUUUCUGCAAUGAACCUCCCACCAUCAACAAGUGGAGCAGGGGGAAUGAUGCUACCACCUCCUGGUUUGAGUACUGCUAGUGGAGUAUCAAUUGCAAUGAGUUCGGGAGGGCCUAUGCCUGGUGGACAUCAACAACAGAUAUUAGAAAAUUCUUCACUGCUCAGCGAUUUUGAUAUUCACUCCCAACAGCAACAACAACAACAAAUGAAUUCAACCUCUGGUCUUUGGCCUCCUCCACCUCAAACAUCAAGUAUUGAUUCAGCUGCAGCUUCAGCUGGUAGUGAUCAAUGGGAAUUGAAGUGUGCAAAAGUAUAG